CUGCAGUGGCUUAUUCUUUCCUGCGCCGGCUACAGACACACACACCACCCCCCUUUCACCCCUCCUUCAAUAUGUUCCUCUUCAGGGGUAAGACCAACAGUCUCUUCCCUAGACUGAAAGUGGAGCUCUGCGCUGCAGCUGCUGCCGAAUGAACGCAGCGUUUCCUGCGUCUUCAACCACGCUGAGUGAGAGAGGGAGUGUGUGCCAGCGAGACACUGCCGCAACUGAGAGCCUGAUCAGGUCCUGUCUUCGUAUUUCUCUCUCUCCCUCACCAGGACAUACUGCAAAGGGAGAUUUAGGACAGGAAGGUACUCCGCAAGCCUUCCCCAGCUUAAAGUCUUUCUGAAUUGAUUUCGGGUCUCCCUCAGAUCUAAAGUAUCCAGCGGCAGACUCGACCAGGGACAGACAGACACAAGAGGGCAGACGGUCUGACAUGGAGUUGAAACAAGGUAGAUCCUUCCUGCACAGGUGUGCGGGGUCCGGCGAUGUAGUCCAUGCAGGUCUGGUCGUCACACUUCUGAUUGGAGUGUGGUAUGCUCAGGCUUUGGAGGUGAAUACAGGGAAGGUCAAUUUCAUUGAAGUGAUGAAUGGAAGUUCAGUGCUCUUACCCUGCACUUACGCCAGCUGCAUAGGCAUUAAAAACCUUUACUUCAACUGGCAGUAUAAGGACAAUGGGACAAUGGUUAAGCUUUGUGAGGCAACUAUCCCAGCAGAAGGAGUAGAACCUAACGUCAAAAUCUAUCACGAGCGGGUGGAGUUUGUCGGCACCAGCAAGAAAAGUAACAUCUCCAUCUUACUGCAUAACGUCACCUUCGAGGACCAGGGAGAGUACAUGUGCUUCGCCCGCAACCCUAAGGAGAAGGAACGCAACCAUAGUGCCAUUUUCACUCUUUAUGUGGUGGAUGAAUUGAAAGAAGUGGACAACACAGUGACCACAAUCAUUGUGUCUGUGCUCGGAGGGGUCAUAGGCCUGAUCAUUCUCAUAAUGGUGGUGAAAGCUGUAGUCCUCGCCAUUCUAAGCAAGGUCCAGGAGAAGAAUAAAGAGUGCCUUGUGAGCUCUUCAGGGAAUGACAAUACAGAAAAUGGCCUCCCGGGAACCAAAGCAGACAGCAAACCAACACCAAAGGCAUGAAAACAGCAUGUAUGUGUACAUAUGUGAGCAUAUGUAUACAUGCAUAACUAUAACAGAUUGAAAGAAAGUCAUAACAAUGGACAGUUUUAUUCUCUUUAUCUCAUGAGAAAUAUGCUAUAUAAAUAUGUCAUCAUAUAUUUUAGACUGUGCUUGAGGAAAAAUAUGAAGUGCUGUAGGCUGGAUCACUGGACAGAAAAGCAUAACUGUACUACUAACAGAAAGCACAUGAUGGCUGACGCUUUGGUGUGCUUGCAUUCUGCUCUAUCUGGUCUGUGAGACACAGCACUCACACUGCCUUCACAAACUGCCAUAAUGCUCGACAGCACAAAAACCACAUAAUGAAACGUUUCAUAUAAACUUUUCUCGUGCGCAUUUAUACAUCUUCACACUGCAUUCCAAACGAUCCUGAGGUGGAAUCACUCACAAGCUGACAAGUCAGGAACAAAAACGAACACCUUUACGGAAAAAUACUAAACAAUUUACGCAUAAAACCAUGGGUGCCUCUUGACAUUGGAAUAUGUUUACCACCAAUUCAAGCAGCUAACCGGUUCUGAUUAUUAACCUCCCAUGACCAAUUUUACAAGUGAUAAUGAGUCAUAUAGAGCAGGAUGUGAGUGCACUUGAAGGCCAGAAACACACUCUACGCAAUAGCACCCCUUGUGGCAAUGCUGACAAUACAACACUAACUUGCCGUUCAUUUUAAAUUGCGUUCUGACACAUUUCGUGUGUGAAAAUUAGGUUGCGUAGAGUAUUUUUCAUGUCUAAUAGCGUUAGUCUUACCAGAGAAGGGGUGUACGUAUAUCCAGGAUCCAGCCAAGUACAGUUUAUUCUAUUCAUUUCUUUUUCAUGUUUUCUGCUUUAGAUAAAACACAGGUGCCUGUAAACGCUUCAAGCUCCACAUGCUUCCUGGGAGCCUUCAAAUGCUAUAUAAAUAAGUUAUACACUGCUCACAUAAAAAAAAAAAAAGCAAAACAAAACAAAAACAAAAAAUCCAGCAAAUAAACACCAAUAUAAAGACAAUCCCCAGAAACCAACUCCCUGUAAAUGAAUGAUAUUCUGAUGCUGCUUUCAACAAAAAUAAUGCAUGUGAAUGUUUUAUACAGUACAUCUAGUGUACUAUGUAUCCAUUUCUCCGAAUCAUGUUCUCCUGUCUUUCCUCGCGUGAUCUAAACAUGUGCUUGUCGUAUACAGGUACAUCACCCUCGCUAGUUCAUAACAUCAUCCAGACUCCACAGCCAUUGCUAACCGCUAAUGUUGAAUUUUGACAUCUGAACGAACAAGCUAGCAACCUCUGUGUGCUAACCUGCACCAGUCGCUACGCUAAGAAUACUGUUUUCAUAUCAUCAUGCUAUUCAUAAACAAGUGAAACACUUUUGUGACUAAAUUCAAUGUAUUGUAAUACCUCACAUGCCUCAGUGGCUACUUACAUGUGACUAGCAUUAGCGUGAACCUCUCAGAUCUUCUCAUCGAACAGAUUAGCUUGAUGCUAACUUACGAAAACACACAAAUUGCAGAAAAUAGUUUUGGUUCUGUAAGAUGUUAAAGCGAACUCUGUUUGUCGAAACAAGCCAACUUUCCAACUGUUUCAGAGUUAUUUAAGAUUCAAGUGCCAAAACCGAACUGCUAGUGGAACGGUGGAUGAUUUAGCUGUUGCCUCCAUCUGGUUUUGUUUGUCCUCCUCUUUCCUUUUGUAUUGGAAACCCCAUAAAUACACAAUUCUCGCUCAUAUCCAUAUCUGGUUUGAGUAUGACAAAUUCAUAACAUGUGAUGAAUGUCACUUUGCGAUUGUACAGCAAAAAUGCAAUUAAACCCUCACUAGUCUUCCGCCAUAACCCAAAGAUGAAUGUACGCUGUGGUUGUAGUUAUGGCAAAUUCAGAGGGGUUGUUUCUGGGCACUUUAUUCAUAAAGAUAUAUGUGUUUUGAAUGCGCAUUGUAUAUGUAGAGCGAAGAGAGAUGUAGAAUUUAUGGCAGGAUAUUUGAAUAUGUAGUUGAAUAAUAUCUGCAAUGGUGAUAUUACAAAUAGGGGAACAGGAAUAAUUCAUCUCUUUGAAUGGCUGUAUCUCUUAUAUAUAUAUGUGCACAUAUUAGCAGUCUUCCAAAUCUCUUUUAGAAAUCAGGGGGCUUCGGCAAUCUCAACAGUUUUGGGAUGCUUUUGACAGAGCGGUAUGAAAUCCAAGCAUUUAUUAACAGUUUUCAUUUAAUCCCUUUAAAUUGUGUCCGUAAAUGUGUCAAAAUAAGCCAUGAUUUGAAAAAAGGGGUUUGGUGCCGCUCUGUCUGUCAGAUGCACUGUACAGUCAUGUGAUUAGCGUUGAGUGUUCUAACUGUUGUUGAGCUGGUCACAUGGCCUCUUUGAUUGAUUUUAUUUUUAAUGUUAUGCUUCCUACAGCUUGUUGCCUUUUGUCAUUUUCAGCCAGUGUAUUUAUGGAUUAAACGAUCGAAUAAACAAGGAGAUUGCGUAGAUCAGCAAUACUGUAAAAAAGAAAGGAAAAUUAAAAAAAAUAACAAUAAUAAGGCUGUAUAGGCUCUCACAAAAUGGACUGUUGUAUGCAAAUGAGCAACUUUUAGUAGAGCUUCUUUGUUAUUAUUCAGCUAUUUAAUGCUAACCCAAUUCCUGUUCUGCUCAUUUUUUUGUGACUUUGUAUACGUAUCUUUUUUUCAUAACGAUUUUGCAUUUAUUAAAAUCAUAUAUUUAUUGAUUAGUAUAGUAUGGUGGUUCUCAACUGGUUUUGCUUCAAGUGGCGUAAGAAAUAAUGCUUAUUGUACAGAAGUAAACAAUAAUGCCUUCAGAAUCAAAUACUGAAAGUUGUUAAUAUUUCCAUGAACUCCGCAAAGAUCUAAAUGUCAUAUUGAAUGUAGUUUUGUUGAUGAUUUUGGAGGUCACAACCUGUCUGUGUAGAAAUCUUGACUACCUUCUACCAAGUGGCAGGUAAAAGAUGUGUUAAAAUACCACAGAAUUAUUUUGAUUUUCUUCCUAACUGUAUUUCUAACGUGAUUAUGUGUGGCUAUUUUUGCGUUUGAUUUGGUUAUACCACUGGUAUAGUGCGUUUCUGUGUAGAUAGGCUACAAAGAAAUGCAGUCUCUUGAUCUGUUUGCUUAUGUCUGCUGAAAUGGUUGACUCAGCUCAGCUAAAUCUGUGUUCUGUUAGUAAUGUCUGAGUAGGCUGCAUAGCUGCAGUGUUGCAAUGCAGCACUCAAUCCAUGAGCCAUGAUUCGCCACGUCAUGCAUUCUCUCGGGAUCUGAUGGGCCAUGGCAGGGAAAACUAAAGGGAAAUGUCUGAUUUAUAUCAUAAAAAGAGCAUAUUCAUCCAAACAGGCCAAAAUAUUAUGUGCUAUCACUACUUAGUCAAAAUGCAUGUGCUACUACUUUAAGGUAAAUAUCUACAGCUGCACUUUCAGGCAGGCUGCUUGAUCUGGGUUGAAAGAAAAUAUGGGAUUUGGAUUAUAAAAUGUGAUUUAUGUGCAGAGUUGUUCCUCUGUAUUUUGCAGGGAGAGUUUGUUCUACAUAUGUGGGUUAUCUCCAAAACCACUUGCACUCUUUUAAAAUUCUUGUACUUAUUUUCAUUUGAGAGUUUGGCUCUCUUCGAUCGGAUCCUAUACGGUAGCAGAUUGCCAUUUUGUAAAAUGGAUUUCCAAGAGAAACAAAAACUGGAUUUCACUGCCUGGAUGACUCUCUCUCACUGCCAAGCCAAGAGAGUGUGAGGACUGCGAUGUGCUCCAACACAUUCCAAGACACUCUGUCUCCCUCUAGUGGAUUUUAAGACUUCCAACAUUUUUAAAUGAUUCAACGAUUCCAGUCACACUGGCUAUGUUUGGAAUGGCAAAUAAGCAGUGUUCGGGGUAAAGCAUUACAAGUAACGUGAGUUAGGUAAUCAGAUUACUUUUUCAAGUAACUAGUAAUGUCAGGUAAUGCAUACCAAAAUAUUGAGUUACUUUUUCAAAUAACUAACCCAAGUUACUUUGCUUUCUGAUUUAUUGACUGACAGCUCUCUUGUCUCUAUGUUGAGAAGUACUGUAGGUGUUGAGUGCACUGUGUGUGAACAUGAUGCUUAUUGUAGUUCUAGACUAUUAUGUAUUUAAACAUGCUCAUCUCACUUGCACAAAAACAGUUUCCAUAUUUCUUAAAAUUUAGUAAAAUACAAACUCUGAAUAUUACACAAACCUGCAAAAAUUAAAUAUGUUAAAAUACACAAAUAUACUUUAUUAACCAAUUUCUUUGCUGCUGACUUUUGAAGAUCCAAUUUAACCAUUUGAGUUUCACUUUUUCGUAGUUCUCCUGCGUCCUUUUCUUUUUUGGUCUUGCGCCCUCUACUGUACAUUUCCUUCAGCCUGAGGCUUAAUCAUUUCACUUUUGGAGUGAAAGGGACUUUACAGUUGCCAAAAGUAACUAUGCAAUGCAAUUAGUUACUUUUCAAGGGAGUAACACAACAUUUUAAUGCAUUAUUUAUCUUUUAAAGUUAACUUACCCCAACACUGCUAAUAACAUUACUGCUUACUGCAUACUGCACAGUAUACAUUGGAUACUGUACACUUUUUUAAAAAUAGUAUGCAAAACAGUAUACAUUAUGCUUCACUGUUUUCACAUGACUCAAGUCUUGAAUUGAAUUCAUUAAAUCAAUGCCAUCCAGUUGGAAAUAAAACAUAUUUUCAAUUUUUAAAUAACAUUGUGUAAAAAUUAAGAGAUGUUCAAAUCAAUCCCACUAGUCAUGUUGCGUGCAUUGCAUUGUCGGAUACCAAUUCUAGUAUUGUUUAUAUACUAUUACCACAUUUAUUAAUAUGUUAAGUUACAUUUUAUUUUAAUAUUUCAAAUUUCCAUUCUGAUUUCACUUGUUAGUUCGACAUUACCGUUUUUAAGCUAUAGUUCUUCAUGUAAUAUUUAUAUGUUAUUUACCAAAAAAUGAUUUUGAAUAGUUUUAAAAAUGACAUGCAUUUUGAAAACUGCAUAUUGCAUACUGUAACAAAAUAUUACUAGUAGAAUUCCAUGCUAAUCCAAACCUAGCCAUUGUAUAAGUACAUAUGUAGAGUUUUAAAGUUUAUAUUUUACAGAUGUGCAUAAGUAUUCUUUGUGCACUAAAUAGACUAGACAAAUUUAAGAGAUUUUAUUCAUAUAUGUAAACCAAGACAACAGCCUAAAGGAUACAACUUUCAAAGCUACUUAAACAAGCCCUGCUGUACCACCCAUCAGCACACCCAGGAGAAUUAACGUUCCUUUCAUUUUACUUCUCUUCUGUAUACGUUGUAAAAGGAAGAGGCUAAACAAAAAGCUAAAAAGAUCCGAAUGAAUAACAGUUUGGUGAAAACCGGCUCUGGCUGAGCACUUUAAAUGCUUAUAGACACAUGUCAUGUACUCAGAAAAAAAAAAGAGAACCUUUUAAAUAUGUAUGUACAGCUUUUGUCUUUAAAUUUCCCUUUGUAAAAACAUGUCAUAUUCCCUUAUCAUAACUAUGCACCGCAGUAGAUUUCUCUGGAUUGUAAAGAAUAAACAAAUAAAUAUAUCACUAUGAGAAAUAAAGGUUUGCAAAAAAAA